AAAGGAGCAGGAGACCCCUUACCUCAAUCACACCCCGAGGCCUUGAGACUCCGAGCUUCACACUUCAUGCGUCUAUAAAAAGAGCUUUCCUCCUCUAAGGAAGCAGCAGCAGACCCUCUCCUACUGAGCAUUUCAUCACAGAGCACAGAGAAAGCAGGAGAGGAGUAGAGGGAUCACAGUUAAAGAGUCGCCACUCUGGGAGAUCUUUGGACAAACGCAGAAGGAAAAACAAGAAGAGAGGAAAAUUACGCUUUUGGAAAAGGCUGAAGAUGGUGUGUCUGUCUUGUUUGUUAGUGGUGGUUAUGACAUAUGUGUGCCUCCCCGGGUUUGGGUCGGUGUGCUGGGACAACGCCAUCUGCAACGACCUGAGCAACCAGGUAAAGAUAAGGGACUGCAUUCGCCUCUGCAUGUCGGUGAUCCAGACCGAAUUCCCACAGCUCAGUGCGUUGGCCCUGAAUGUUAAUGAUGAUAAUGAGCUCUUACUCAGCAUCCUUCUGGCCACCUUGGUGUCUGAAAACAAGAUAUCAGAGUCAGAACUGAGAGCCCACAGCGACGAGCGACGCUCCUAUUCAAUGGAGCAUUUUCGAUGGGGCAAACCUUCUGGCCGUAAACGGCGGCCUGUGAAGGUUUUCGCCUCUUCUCUGGAGGGAGGGGGCUCUUCUGAGGGCAGUUUCCCCCCUCAAGCUCGCAGGCAGCUGAGCAGCAACGAGGAUGAAGCGAAGGAGGAGCUGAUUGGAGGAAAUCAAAACCAGGGAUCGCCAACAGCAAGGGUCGGCUCCAAGUCACAGUUGAGCAUGCAGGAGAGAAAAGAUGGAACCUAUCGGAUGAGUCACUUCAGAUGGGGGAGCCCACCUGCCUCUAAACGUAAUGGCUUUAUGAAACAGCGGGCAAAGAAAUCUCAGGGGCAGCUGGCCAAACUCUUCAGGAACAUUAUAGUCAAGGAUGUGCAGAGGAUAAUGGGCUGAAUGGGGGAUGGAGGAGAGAGCGAGGGCCGAGUAGUUGAAAGAAUCUAAUAGCCAUUGCAUGUUAUUACCCACAGGUCUUAAUUUUAAAAUACAUAAACUUGUCUCUAUCAUUAGCAUGUUGUUGAAUGUCUUUUCUGGGCCAAAGGUUUGUCUCAUUAAAACCUUACCUAAAGAUAAGAAACAAGGCAGUUUUAUGUUAAUAAAAGAAAAUAAUGCACCCGCAGACUUGACCGUGACCUUCUUGGUCUGAUUUGAAAGCUUUUCAGAAGUGUUUUUUUUUUCUUGUCAUUAUUGAACCAUAUGUUUUGAAGAACAGAGAAUGCCGUUCCAGGGCAAGAGGUGGGUGUGAAUGAAAGUAUUUAGUUUAUUUACAGGGUGGUAUCUUUUUGUAAAUGAAUAUAAUAUUAAAGAUCAUUCUGUUUUGUCGCAAACAA